GGGACUUCUGAGCAAAAGAAUGUCAUUAGACUCUGAGCCACUUGGAACCAUGAGAGUGACACUGUUGGCUGUGGUUUACAUCCCACUCGUCCUGGCCAUGGAACGAGUCCCCCUGAUUCGAUUCAAAUCUAUCAAGAAACAGCUGAAAGAAAAGGGAGAAUUAGAGGACUUUUGGAGGAAUCACCACCCUGAUGUCUUUGCCCGGAGAUAUCUGCAUUGCUUCCCUGCAGAUAUUGCUUUAUCGGUAGGAACUGCUUCAGAAAGGCUGUAUGAUUACAUGAAUGCGCAGUACUACGGAGUGGUGAAUGUCGGCACGCCCCCACAGAGGUUCACCGUCGUGUUUGACACCGGCUCCUCCAACUUUUGGGUCCCUUCCGCUUAUUGCAUCAGCGAGGCGUGCAGGGUGCACCAGAAAUUUAAGUCCUUCAAGUCGGAUUCAUACGAGCACGGAGGGGAAGCCUUCUCCUUGCAGUACGGCUCGGGACAGCUUCUGGGCAUUGCUGGCAAAGACACGCUGCAGAUAAGUAACAUCUCCAUCAAGGGACAGGACUUUGGCGAGUCAGUGUUUGAGCCAGGAACAACUUUUGUCCUUGCCCACUUUGAUGGCGUGCUGGGCUUAGGCUACCCCUCCUUAGCAGUGGGCAAUGCUCUGCCUGUGUUUGACAGCAUCAUGAACCAGCGCUUGGUAGAGGAGCCAGUCUUCUCUUUCUAUCUGAAAAGAGGAGAUGACACUGAGAAUGGUGGUGAGUUGAUUCUGGGGGGGAUAGACCAUUCUCUCUACAAAGGUUCAAUCCACUGGGUCCCAGUCACCGAGAAAAGCUACUGGCAAAUACAUGUGAACAAUAUAAAGAUCCAGGGCCGGGUGGCAUUUUGCUCCCAUGGCUGCGAGGCCAUCGUUGACUCAGGCACUUCUCUUAUCACCGGACCCUCUUCACAGAUCAGGCGAUUACAGGAGUAUAUUGGGGCAAGUCCAUCAGAUACUGGAGAGUUUCUUGUAGACUGCAGAAGAUUGUCAAGCCUGCCUCACAUAAGCUUCACGAUCGGACACCACGAGUACAAGCUGACAGCAAAGCAGUACAUCCUCAAGGAGUCUAUUGAUGACCAAACCUUCUGCAUGAGCGGCUUUCAGUCUCUUGACAUCCCCACUCGCACCGGCCCGCUCUGGAUUUUAGGAGAUGUCUUCAUGUCUGCAUUUUACUGCAUUUUUGACCGUGGGAAUGACAGAGUGGGAUUUGCAAAAGCUAUUCACAGGAAUGAUUACUACUGAGUCAUAAUAGCAUCUAUUCUGUCUUAACUCAAACGUUAAUGUAAUGAUCUUCAAUACUGUGUGAAGAAGGGAUUUUACUGAAACUUUGGACUUAAAUGCAUGCUGUUUUGUCCCCCUCCAGGUUUUAGGGACUUUGCAGUGAUCUUUGUCCCAAAUGAUAUAGUUUGGUUCAAUAUCUAUAUGUUUACAACCAAGAAACAAUAUUUCCUGAGUAACUGAUGGACACCGCAGCUCUCAGGAUAAAGCAGAAACAGCUCAGCACUCAGAUUUGCAAAAGAUCAGGAAGAAUAAAAAUGCUGAACAGUGCCAGUCUGACAUGAUAGCAGUCAUGAGUGGGGAAAUUAAUCCCAGUCCUGCCUGCUCUGGCUAUCCUUUUUUUCUUCUUGUUUGCUAGUUUCCACCUCAUUUUCUACAGCUUUCUUUUCCCUCAUUAUUUUCCAUGGUUUGGAUUCUGCUUAACUUUAUUUCCCUAGUGCCAAGGAAAUUCUCUUUAAGUUAGCUUGCUCCAACCAGCUUAUAUAAAAGGCAAUUUGACUAUUGCCUGUGUGACCAUUAAUUUUCACUACUGUUCCUUGCACACAAUUUCCUGCUCCUUACACCACCACUCAAACCUGCUUUUUCCCUUAGGUUCAUUAUCCCUGGGUAUUUUCCUAUUCGGUCUCAGCAUUUAAUGUCCAUGUCUUAGGUCAGAUGCUGCUUUUAGCACCUGACACCUCUGCCCCUUGGCAGCUGGAGCAGCUGGAGCUGCAUCCAUUCACAUUACAAAACCCAGACCUCAGCCCAUGCAAAGGCAUAGCACAGUUCCCUCCACCUCAGAUGUGCACCAGCACUAGACAUCUACUGCCUCUUGCUCACCCACUUCUCAUCAGCCUUGGCAGCCAUUUCAGGUGAAACAGCCACAGGCAGCUGCACUGAUUUGGCAAAAGAAGAUUCACCAAAAUUAUACCCAUUGGAGUGUUUGUUUGGAUUGCUAAAACUGAUACUGCACCAGUAUAUAUGAAUAAAACUUAAACAAGCAAAAUCUGCUUUGGUCCUAGUGUUGUUUCAGCUACAUUUUUUAUUUUCUUCAGUGGUUCCAGUGCUGAAGAGGA